AUGGUCCUGGACGACGGCAGGCGAGAUGCCAACCCCCUGCGGGUAUGGAACCAGAUGUCUUCGGACCAGCGGGACACACUCUGGGCGCUCAAGAAUCUCGCCAUCGACGAGACGCGCUUCUCCUCCGACGCCGACACGUGGCUCCGCGUUGCUUACCGUGCUGUGCUGGACCGCAUUGUCCGCCGACUCCAACCCGCGCAGGCCCAAGGCGAACAGCUGCAGCCGCUGCUCAUCUCCCUCGACUCCCACCGCAUCAACUACUGCCAUCCGACCGACCCAGCCUUUGAGGGCGCGCGGGUCUUCUCACACACGCGCGUGGGGGUCACGGAGCGGCUGUACGCCCGCGCGCUGGACGGGUGGUUCCCCACCAAGGCGCUCCUCCGUCCCGGGUUUGCGGUACUCGCGCACGCCAACGACGGUAACAGGACGCUGUUUGGCCUCGCCGACGGCAUCAUGGAGACCCACGCCUUCCCCCUCGAGUGGUUUAGCGAGGACAGGUCGCUGUACAUGCCUCGCGACAAACUCGCGCUCGCGCAACGAGUCCCCGGCGUCAGCAGCAUUGAGGAGGGACUUCGCAUCAUUGACGCGGUGAUGGCAGAACAUUUUCCAAAGGACACUUUCGCGUCGAUUGAUGCUGCCAUCGCCAGAACCGGCACCUGGCUCGCCCGGCAUGCGAUAGCCCUCGCGCUCUUCCGCCUCCUCGCUGCCAACGAGAUAUCCGGGGCAGUGUACGCCACCGCUGUCGUGUCUGAUGCCUUCUUACGAUUCUACAUACUUGGCCCUUCGCGCAUCGCGGUGGAUAUCGGCGACUCGGAAUCACGCGCCGAGGAGAUGGGCCUGGCGCCAGCUGAGCGUCCAAGUCAGCCCUACUCGGCCGUGUUUCGCCACGAUACGCUCUUCGACGACAUGGAGAACAGGCUGUUCCACGGCUGGACCGACUACAGUCCCGAUCUGGCCAAGCGCCCACUUGUCGAACAGCUCCCAGGCUUCGACCUUGACGGGUUUCAGCGCCUUGUCAAUAUCACGCAAGCUGCGGUCGUACGAGUAGGCGCGAGCAACCCAUUCGAGUGCCAGCGCAUGCCCACACCCAUCCAGGACCAGGUGGCAGCCGCCACGAUCGAUGCACUCGAGGAGGCGGGCUUGCCCGACCACAUUGCACGGGUCAUCCUCGAGCUGUCGCUCGGCAACCAGCCCACGGUGGAAGACCGGUACCCAUGGCACCCGGCGUACCCAGCCCAGGUGUUUGGGAAUGCUCGCCGAAUCGCCAAGCAGAUGGAGGAGCUCAACCCUUACAACCGUCCUGGCAGGUUCGCGCCGACCCCUGGGCCAAAGUACCACUCGCCCAUGGCCCAGGGGAAGGCGCCGUACGCCGGGCACGAUGUGAUCGAAGCAGUUGUCGACAAUCUUGCCCGCUUUGUGGCCGUCACUCGAGAGGAGAUGGACGAGCUCAUCGCGGCGCAGGUCGAGACCGAUCUCAAGCGGUACGACGCGCCUCACGAAUCUCCCGGGUCGGAGGCUCGUAAGAACAAGCGCAAGCUGGAGGAGUAG